AUGGCGCCUUCAUCGUCGGCCGCCCGGAAGCGAACGAGCAGUACUCCGAAGAAGAGCUUUAGCAAAGUUCCACCCUCGAAGAAACCGGCACGUCCGAAUGCCAGCAUCCUGAGCUUCUUUCAAAAAGCCGAGAAACCUGAGCCAACCCUUUUCCUCGACGGUCAAGAGAAGCUUGCAGUUCAGAUCGAAAACGACGAAGAGCCCAAUAUUUACGAUGCCGAACCUUGGGAAGAGGAGGAGAGAUUCAACGAGGUUGAGUCCUCAAUCAAGAAGCGAAGGCUGAGUCAUGAGGAGGAGAAUAAGGAUGCAGAACAAUCGAGUCCGAAGGAGGCCAGAAGCCCUGUUCCCGCUGAGCCCGCACCUUCAUCACCGACAACAGAGGCAAGGCCCGUGAAGAAACCAUCAGGCAAGCGCAAGGGCCCAUUUCUCGAAGAAUCCGACAGCGAAGAGGAGGAAGAUACCAAGGAAUCUGCCACGAAGCCACCGUUCAUCAACGCAGCCCGCAACACAGCGCCCGUAACGCUGCCGACCACGAUGGAAGAGCCACCUCUUAAGAAAGAGGAGGAGGAGGAGGAGGACGCGACACCGCCUGCUAAAGAGACGAGUUGCCCGCCGCCGCCGCCGCCGCCAAUGAAGGUUGAGGACUCGAUCGACAAUGAUUUUGCAAAUGUUGACGAGUUUGGUGACCUAGACGAAUUUCCCGACGACGAAGAUUUCGGAGGUGAAGAGUAUCGCAUGAUGCAGUUCAUGGAGGAGCAAGCCAGGCUAGAGGCUGAAGCGGAGGCUGCCGACACCGGCGAUUAUUCUUGCGACGACAUUGCCGACCCUAUCCGAGCCAGUGAGGCCAUGGUUGCCAACUGCCCAAUAUGCGAUGGAAGCCUUGCUGGAAUUACACCAGACGAAGCAACACGACACGUCAACGCCUGCCUCGAUGGCAAUCCAAUUCCCCUACCACAGCCGAAGCCACCCAAGAAAGAAAAGACAGCACCAACGCCAACUCUUGGUCCUCCAGAGAUCAACAAGCGAUUCGCACGCGCGGCUGUCCCUCGCGCUGGCCAAGCCAAUCCGUUCCAAAUCGGCGAGGUCGCAAACAAGCCAACCUCGGCGUUCACGAAACUGAUGUCAGGUCACGCGGAGGAUGCGGCAUGGGCCGGAGCAGCUGCGGCGGAGCACUCGGCACGUGGAAAGCCAGCAUAUCAACGCACGUGUCCAUUCUACAAGAUCAUGCCUGGUUUCUACAUCUGCGUCGAUGCCUUCAGGUACGGCGCAGUCAAAGGGUGCAACGCAUACUUCCUCAGCCACUUCCAUAGCGAUCACUACAUUGGAUUAACUGCCAACUGGACACACGGGCCCAUUUACUGCAGCAAAGUCACCGGAGACCUGGUCAAGAUGCAGUUGCGGGUUGCCGCCAAGUGGGUUGUUCCACUCGAAUUCGAUCAGACACAAGAAGUUCCUGGCACAGAGGGUGUUACGGUCACUAUGAUUUCCGCUAAUCACUGCCCUGGGAGUUCCCUUUUCCUUUUUGAGAAGACCAUGGGCAAGGGUCAGUACGCCAGGAAACAGAGGAUUCUGCAUUGUGGAGAUUUCAGAGCCUGCCCAGCACAAGUUGGUCACCCACUGCUGAAACCUGACGUGCAAGACUCCAUCUCAGGCAAGACCAGACAACAGAAGAUCGAUGUCUGCUAUCUCGACACGACCUAUCUUAACCCUCGCUACUCCUUUCCGCCUCAGAACGAUGUCAUCAACGCUUCCGCGGAACUCUGCAAGUCACUUGCCCCAGAGCAAAACUCCGAGGAUAAUGCGUGGGACAGAGUCAAUAGAGAGGCGGGCACGGAUACUGUCAGCAAGUUCUUCACCAAGGUGAAUGGGGACAAUGCAACAGCGAAGUCGAAACCGAAGAAUGCACCUAAAGAACGCCUCCUCGUUAUCUGCGGCACAUACUCGAUUGGCAAGGAACGCAUUUGCAAAGCUAUUGCUCAAGCGUUGGGGAGCAAAAUAUUUGCGUCAAAGUCCAAAAUACGCAUUUGCUCCAAGCUCGGAGAUCCGGAACUCACCGCGCUGUUGACGGACAACCCGCUGGAAGCCCAGGUGCACAUGCAAAUGCUGAUGGAGAUCCGCGCCGAGACAUUGCAAGACUAUCUCAACUCGUACAAGCCGCACUUCAGUCGUAUUGUGGGAUUCCGGCCUUCCGGUUGGAACUAUCGCCCGCAAGGCGCGGGGAAGGCGGUGUCGGCCAACACACAGCCCGGAACGAUUCCCACAACGCAAAUCCUGCAGGGCAAGGCGUGGCGCUCCCGAUUCGGUGCCAAAGACUUUGUUGCUCAGCGUGGAAGCACAAAGGAGGCCAUGUGCUUCGGGGUGCCGUACAGCGAACACAGCAGCUUUCGAGAGUUGGCGAUGUUCCUGAUGGCACUGCGUAUCGAGAAAGUUGUGCCCACGGUCAAUGUCGGAAGCGAGGUGUCUAGGAAGAGAAUGAAGGGUUGGACCGACAAGUGGUUAUCGGAACGAAGGAAGGGCGGUCUCAUCCGUCCUCUGGAGGGUGAUGAGAGCGAGGGAAAAGAGGUCGCACUUUGGGAUGGGAAGGAUGGCGGCGGUGGGGGUGUUUGGUGGUGA